AGCCCGCACUAUCAGAGCCGAUUGGUUAGUCCGCGAUAGGUGGGGGCGUGGCUUUAGGCUUGAAAGGAAGGCGGGGCGUUCGCUUUUUUUUGCUGAAUAGAUCUUGAGUGGGGAAGGGGGCGUGGUUAAUAUGGAGACCUCCCACCGGCCGGAUCGGCGCGUACUACGAAUUUGCUCUUUGGUUGCUGUGUCGCUCAAGUUCUGGGUUGCGUUGCGCUCCGUGAAGACCGGACCUCACGGGCUUACCAGUGGGAAUGAAAGCCGGUGUGAUCCACUGUAGAUGCCCCAGGUGCUUCUCUGUCCCUUCAAAGCGAAGGAUGAGGAAAAGACCCAGAGUCCUGACACUGUUGUGCCUCCCUGAAGAUGUUCUGUUCCAUGUUCUUAAGGGGCUCCCUGCUGAAGACAUCCUUUCCCUCCGAGCGGUGCACUCCCAUCUCAAGUACCUUGUCGAUAACCACGCCAGCGUUUGGGCCUGUGCAAGUUUUCAAGAAGUGUGGCCUUCUCCAAGCAACUUGAAAAUGUUUGAAAGGGCUGCAGAAAAGGGUAACUUUGAAGCUGCUGUGAAGCUUGGCAUAGCCUACCUCUACAAUGAAGGCUUAUCUGUCUCUGAUGAGGGCCGUGCAGAAGUGAAUGGGUUAAAAGCAUCUCGCUUCUUCAGCCUGACAGAACGUCUUAACACCUGGGCAGCCCCAUUUGUCUGGCUUUUCAUUCGCCCUCCCUGGUCCCUGAGUGGAAGCUGUUGCAAAGCCGUCGUCUAUGAGAGCCUCAAAGCAGAGUGUCAGCUGCAAAAAGCUCAGAGAGGGGCAAUUCUCUAUUGCCUAGCUAAAGUUCUAAAUCUCUUUGAGGAUGAAGAAAAAAGAAAAGAAGCUCUUGAAAUGUUUGAGAGCUCCUCGAAACGGGGUUGCUUGCACAGCUCCUACUUCCUCUGGGAAAAUAACAGAAAAGCAGCUAUGUCAGACCCUGGUAGAUAUCUCCAGAGCCUCAGGAAACUCAGGGAUUAUGCAGCUAAGGGCUCCUGGGAAGCCCAGAUAGCUCUAGCCAAAGCUUGUGGGAAUGGAAACCAACCAGGACUGGAAACAAAAGCCUCCAAUGAGAUGGUGGCUCAGCUCUUCCAGGCUUCCCUUCCUCUUUGCAAGCAGAGCAUCUUCACUGUUCAGAAAGGGAUGAACGAGACAAUGAGAUACAUUCUGAUUGACUGGCUGGUAGAAGUGGCCACUAUGAAGGAUUUCUCAAGCCUCUGUCUCCACAUGACAGUUGGAUGUGUGGACCGGUACUUGAAAAUAAGACCUGUAUCCCGGGCACGUCUUCAGCUUUUGGGAAUUGCAUGCAUGGUUAUUUGUACACGUUUUAUCAGCAAAGAGAUUCUGACAAUACGGGAAGCUGUUUGGUUAACAGAUAACACGUACAAAUAUGAAGAUCUUGUAAGGAUGAUGGGGGAGGUCAUUUCUGCCCUAGAAGGCAAGAUAAGGUUACCUACUAUUGUGGACUACAAAGAAGUGCUACUGAACAUAAUCCCGCUGGAAAGAAAAACCAUGUAUCUGUACAGCUUCGUCUGUGAACUCUCCCUCUUAAACACAGGCCUUUGCAUAUACUCUCCUGCCCGGUUGUCAGCGGCAGCCUUGCUGCUGGCCAAAGUACUGCACAAGCAAGCCCAUCCUUGGACUAACCAGUUAUCUGAAAGCACAGGAUUUUCUCUUGAAGAGCUGAUGCCCUGUGCACUGAGUAUCCACAAGAAAUGUUUCCACGAAGAUGUCCCAAAAGAUUAUAGGCAAGUGUCCCUUACUGCUGUGAAACAACGAUUUGAAGAUGAAUGCUAUGAAGAAAUUGGCAAGGAAGAGGUCAUGAGUUACAGCCAGCUCUGCUCACUGCUAGGAGUGAAAGACCAGGAUCCAGAGCCUGACUCUUUGUACAUGAACACAGUGGAAACCUUCCUCACUUCUCCAUCGGGAAAGAGAACAAAAAGGAGAAGAGAAGAUAGCAUCCAGGAAGACAGGGGAAGCUUUGUAACGACACCUACAGCUGAACUGUCCAACCAGGAGGAGAGCCUUCUAGACAAUUUCUUGGACUGGAGCUUAGAUUCCUGUUCUGGUUAUGAAGGAGAUCAAGAAAGUGAAGGCGAGAAGGAGGGAGAUGCUACAGUUCCCAGUGGAGUUCUUGAUGUAACUGCAGUAUGUAUGGGCCCUGAGGAACACUGCUAUGGCUGUUGCAAAGAAUCCAGUGAUGAAGAGAGUCUUGCCAAAGAGGGAUCUACAUAUGACCUAAAUAAUUAUGACCUGCCAGGUACUGAGAAGAGGUGGCUUAUGCACCACACCCUACAAGAAGGCGCCAUUGAAGCCAGCUCUGGGUAUUCCUCUGUCAACAGUGCCAGCCCUACUUCCACUAUAGAUUGCAACUUUGGAGCAUCUUCCAAAGCUACCUCAGCACAGCCUCUGGACCCCCCCAAGAACAAAGGCAUAUCUCCUCAUGACUCAAAACUAUGUUUACACUCGGCCUGUUCUAGAUCUGGCAGAAGGCAAGCAAAACGGAAAAAUGUGGCAGAAUACAAUGAAGAAAGGAUGAACUUGGGUUUCUUAAGCCUCUGAUGUCCUGGUGCUGCUUACUUUAACGUCAAGCCUCUCUGAAGCAGACAUGGCUGAAGGCUGCCCUCCACACGGUGGCUCAUAAGUUGUGCAGCCCUGGUCUCACCUAAUGUUUACCUAAAGAGCUUUCCCAAGACUUUUUUGUCUUCCUCCCUACAAAUCAUUUUGCAGUGGCAUGCUUAUGGCCCAAUCAAGGCUUAAGGCACUAGCAGGCAUAGCUGUGGUUUGAUCUCUCCUGCAGAAUAUGGCCAACAAGAAUGUUGCUUCUUUCUCAUUCCUUCUGUUCCGUGUAAACAACAUCUGCGGAACAAAUGACAUGAUCAAGCAUUAUUGAUGAAGGUUCUGUGUCAUUCUUAGCUCUGCCCUAAAGUGUCUCAUCUUGGCAAGAUCCAAUAGACCUCUCAAGUUAGUGGUGUUAAGGUUGGCCUGUCUGAGUCUUUGGUUGCCUGUUAAGUAUUUGGUAUGUCAGCUGAGAUAUGCACUGCCUCUUCAUUGCCUCUGUUACUUCAAAGCAGCAUUUUCACUGCAGUUUACUAAGGAGCAGAGUGAUCCUGCUUACAAAUGUAUUAGGAACUACUUUUGCCUUUCUCUGUUUAAGCAAUACAGUGACUGGUGGCAAACAGCUACCUGUGGGAGAUGUGAUCUGUGCUAAUAAUUUGAAUACGUGUCUUUCUGUAUUUGAUUUUUGUUUUCUUUUUUAAAUUUUCUUUUCAAUAUUUUUCCUUUUUUCUGUGGUUAUCUACUCUAUAUACACAAAAAUGUAGGCCCCUCUAAUUACUAAAGUUUUAAGGUUCUAUCUCUGCUGUAAUUGCAGUGGUAUAUGGGGGGAAGGUAUUACUACACAGAUGUUGGAUGAUGGAAAAUAAUCUUGCUCAAAUUAAUGGGAGGUUAGAAGUUUCAAAAAACUAAAAGAUAAUGUGUCGUAACUGUUACCACUUUAGAUGUCCCAUUGUCCGAAAUAGCCCAUUUGUUCAUGGAAUCUGGGAUGAACCAUUCUCCUUACAAAGCUGAUUACACUAGCAGUCUCAACUGAGUACCUUGGACAUGUGGGCUUGAAUGAUCACCCAUUCAACUUGACCGCCUCCAUGAGGAAAACUUUGAAAUGGUGCCUGCAACAGUCUGUGACAAUCGUAUAAGCAAUAAGAAUUCUGGGCAGGGACCUUUGUUCUGUCUGCUGGGUCCCAGAAUCAGGUUUGAUUCCUUCUAUGAAUUAUAAGGUACAAAACGUAUGUUUGCUAACAAUUACACGAAUCUGAGAAACACUGGACAGGCUAAAUGAUUUUUUUUUAAAAGAAAGUAAUGUCAAUGACAGUUCAUGUUGGCUCAUGAUGUUUUUUAUAAAAAACAAGCUUUUAAAAAUAUAA